UGGAGUUUAUCCAAGACAUCACUAUCAUCAUUGAUGAAGCUGUUUACAAAGAUCAUGGAAGAUUAAUGAAGAUUCUUGAAGCUUACAGUCCUGAGAAAAAAGGUUCCUGCUACAAAGUGAGAGGAACAUAUGAGGAACUGGAAAAUCUUGCAGUCACACUGUCAGCAGUGAGGCAAUUUCCCAUUUCUGACACACAUGGACCAGCCAAUCAGCAGGGUGAACACACUCCAAUGCCUGUCAAACCAGUGGAUGUAUCCUGGAUGGCUAUGUCCUACAUUGAGCAGAAAUGCGCAAAAGAGCUUAGCAAAAUUCUAGGGAACAAUUUUUACAUUGAAAAACAGCCUGACAUGAAAACAGUGAAAAUCAACCCCACUAGCACAGUACAUUUGAUUGUCAGACAACACCAUGUCUCCACAUACCAUGUUCCUGUUGACUGUGUCAGACAACGAUUCAUCACUUUUUACCAGAGGACUGUCUCUGACCUGGAGGUCACAUCUCUGUCUGUGGGUUCACAUGACCUCAAAGAGCUGCAGAAGAGAUUUCCACAGCUCAUUUUUAAACCCAGCCACAAGAAAUAUGAAGUAACAGUGACCGGCCCUUUUGUGCACAUUGCUAGAUUAAAAGAGUUUCUUUUACAAAAUACACUAAGCUCGAGUAAGAUUCAAGUGCACAGAGCUCCAGCUGUCUCUCCAAAGAGUUAUAACUCAGGCACCUUACCCACACAUGGCAAAGAUCCUGAAGAUGAAUCAUGUCCAAUCUGUAUGGAACAAAUUGUCACAACAGAGAAAAAGACUCUGCGGUGCAAGCACUCAUUCUGCAGACAGUGUCUGAAAACAGCUUUUGAGUACAAGCCAGUCUGCCCAACAUGUGGAGAGAUAUACAGCCCUUUGACAGGGACACAACCAGAUGGAGGCAGAAUGGAUGUCACCCAGAAUUUUUCAUCUUUGCCUGGAUAUGAGAGAUAUGGAACAAUAGUCAUCCAUUAUACUAUUCCAAGUGGCGUCCAAAAGAUGGAGCAUCCCAACCCCGGUCAGCCAUAUGAAGGUGCAUCUCGUACAGCCUACCUGCCAGACUCCUCAGAGGGCAGGAAGGUCCUGAAACUACUGAGACAAGCCUUUGAUCAGAGACUUAUCUUCACUGUUGGUCACUCCACCACUAGUGGCAGGAACAAUGUUGUCACAUGGAAUGAUAUUCACCACAAAACUGUGACAGAUGGAGGACCAACUCACUAUGGAUACCCGGAUCCAGAUUAUCUUAACCGAGUUCAAGAUGAGCUGAAAGCCAAGGGAAUCAAAUGAGUCACAUUAAGGCUUGAACUUUGCUAAGGUGACACUUUGAAGAGACUAAAUAACACAAUUAUCUCAAAAUCUCAUCACUUUCAAAAGGGCACACACUAUUAAAUGUAAGGCAUUAUGCUAUAGUGGACUACAAACAGGAGGGAUAAUGCCCUUUUAAUGUAAUUUGAUGUACUAUAAUAAGUCAACCAUACAAAGAUG